AACUCCCCAGGUCACACUGUGAGGCGCGUUAUGUGGUUCCGUGUUUCUAUUGAGGGUCACAGGGAGUUUGCUCACCACACCGACCCCAAUCAGAUCAGCCCGUCUUACCGCGGGCGCACGCGCUACACCGGGGGAAGCUAUUCCAGCUGCUCGGUUCAGAUUCGGGGUGUGAAGCUGGGCGAUGCGGGCCAGUACCACUUCAGGUUUGAGACAGACCAACCGCUGGGGAGAUGGACCUCACCUGACACCAUUACUCUGGAUGUAACAGCUCGACUCUCCUGUCAAAACAUCAAGGACUCUCAAAACGGACAGCAAGGUUUCUGGUGCCUGGCUGGAGACGAGAUUCUGAUUAUUCAAGAGCCAAAGCAAAGUACCAGAAUAAAUAGUUAGAAGGGAGAUUAAACU